GUGACCUCUCCGCAUUCUUCCCAAAGCAAGUUGGCCCUCCUUCACAAUAUGCCAAAGCCAUCCAACAUUGGAUGCACCUGAUCCUUGUGCUGCAGGUGGCUGCGUGCGUUCUGCGCGCAGUGGUCCUACUCGACCUCCUUGGAUGUGUAUGGAUGGUGUUGCUGUGUGGGAUGGGGUACUAUGCUUGGUACCAUGAGAUGAACAUCACAUACAUAUCGAUUUGGGGAGCUGGCUGUGCUCUUGGCACAUUGCUGGACAUUUUGGCAUUCGUCAUCCCAGUAGCUACAGGCCUCCUCAAACUUGAAUUGCUCGCAACGAUUGUUCGUAUUGGAACACCUUGCGCUGAAUUGCUCGGAGCAUUGUUUGCUUGGCAUCUAUACAGAGACUAUCAGAGGCUUCAUGGCGGAGAAACCUUUGGCUUUGACCCCUUGGGGAGGACCUUUGAUGGCUUCGACCCAGAAACUAAUCCGAUCCUCAAGGGCUUCACUGCGGCAGGCUCUUCUGCAGAGAAGAAGUACAAGGAGGGCUACGGGAGCUCAAAUCCAUUUCAGACCAUCGUUUCCGCUCCCAAUCCAUUCCAGACAGCACCUGAGCAGUCACCCCGGAAGCAGAAUGCUGGAUGCUGCUGA